AAUAAAUCCACAAAAAAUUAUAGUGGCUGAGAUUGUUCCUUGGUGUAGUUUCUGGUGUUAAAGGUCUCACCGAAACUUAGCUUUCGCUUCUCUCUGCUUUUACUUUCUGCUUCUGCUUCUGCUUCUUCUCCUUCAGUUCUCUCUCGACACAGAAUUUGCCUUUUCCUUUCCCCCUAAUUUCCGAUCCACCAUUGCCUGAAACAGUGAGUUCUUCAUUGAGCUCAGUGCGUGCAUGAUCGCGAAUUCUAUCAGUACUUCUACAGCUUUACUUCACCAUGGCUUUUUCUCAAGGAAUUGGAGUCUAUGCGUUCGUCUUGGUGAGGAUUCUGAAUAAAGGAAUUUUCUUUUAAGUUGUAGCGGAGAAGCGUGUCUCUCUCUAUCUGUUCUGUCGUAUUGAAUAAUCUGAUUUUGUGGAGUUGAAAUAAAACGACGGCUUUAUUUGUAGUAUUGAGUGUUGCAAGAAAUGAAGGGAGGUUUCUUUUUUAUCCGUUGCUCGUUAGAGAGGAUUUGAAGCAGCGUUGGCUGCCUAAGGUCCACUAAUGGAAAUAUUCUCUUCUGGGGAAGACUUGGUUAUUAAGACAAGGAAACCAUAUACAAUUACCAAGCAACGAGAAAGAUGGACAGAGGAGGAGCAUAGCAGGUUCCUAGAGGCCUUGAAGCUCUAUGGACGAGCUUGGCAGCGAAUUGAAGAACAUAUUGGUACAAAGACUGCCGUUCAGAUCAGAAGUCAUGCACAGAAGUUCUUUUCAAAGUUGGAGAAGGAGGCUGUUGUUAAAGGUGUUCCAAUAGGACAAGCACUUGACAUAGACAUUCCACCACCACGUCCCAAAAGGAAACCAAGCAAUCCUUAUCCCCGAAAGUUAGGCGUGGGUCCUCCCGCAUCACAGGUGGGAGCAAAGGAUGGAAAGCUUUUAACUUCAGCUUCUUUUCCGUGUUGUAAGCAAGUUUUAGGCAUGGAGAAAGAACCACUUCCUGAGAAACUUAAUGGAGAUGAGAGGCCAACCAAUGCUAAGGAAAAUCAGGAUGACAAUUGCUCAGAAGUAUUUUCCCUUCUCCAAGAACCUCACUGUUCUUCUGUACCUUCAGUCAACAAGAAUUCUGUUCCAACACUAGAGAUUCUCAAAAAGGCUAGCCCUUUCAGGGAGUUUGUAUCUUCACCGAAGGAGGGAAAUCAUGAUGCAAGUAAUCAAUCCUCUGUCACCGUCGAGCUUGGAGCAAAUCAAAAGUUGGACAACACUGAUGUCAAACAGGAUAACAGCACUAGUGAGUAUCCAAAAUCAGAAAACUUUUGCUCUUUUUCUGAGAAAUUGUUUCAGCAAAAGAAAUCAGAUGAUUUUACUGGAGCAUUGCGAACAGAUGGGAUGCAAACCAUGCAGAACUAUCCAAGGCAUGUCCCUGUACACGUUCUAGAUGGGAGCCUGGGAACAUGUAUGCAAACUCCUCCCUCGGAUUUUUCGUUUCAGGAAUCCAUGUUUCAUCCAAUAGGAGAAAUCCCAGCAUGUCCUAAUUUAUAUUCACAUCCUGCUGCAUCCAAAACCACUGAUCAUCCAAAUAUUUCACCGAGAUCCUCUAUGCAUCAAUCAUUUCCAAGUUUUCCUCCUCCCUUUACCCCAACUCAUCAUAAUCAAGAUGACUACAGAUCUUUCCUCCACAUAUCCUCCACAUUUUCAAGCCUCAUUGUAUCUUCUCUGCUACAAAACCCAGCAGCCCAUGCUGCAGCAAGCUUUGCAUCUAUCUUUUGGCCCUAUGGAAAUGUGGAGAGUUCUGCGGUUUCUCCAGCAUGUGCCCAAGGAGGUUUCCAAUCCAGGCAAUUGAACUCUGCUCCUAGUAUGGCAGCUAUUGUUGCUGCUACAGUGGCGGCAGCAACCGCAUGGUGGACAGCACAUGGACUACUUCCCUUGUGUGCCCCUCUUCAUACCUCUUUUGCCUGCCCUUCUGCAUCUGCAACUGCAAUUCAGUCUGUGGAUACUGGUCAAAUUUCUGCAACCAAGACAGAAAGGAAGGAAACAGCUGAAAAUCCUUCUUUGCAGGGACAAAUACAGAACCCAGAGCACACUGCAGCUUUGCAAGCUCAAAACUCAGCAUCUAAAUCACCAAAGAUAACAUCAUCAGACUCUGAAGAGAGCGGAGGCCCAAAGCUAAAUACUGGACCAGAAAUUACUGAUCAUGAAUUGACUACAACACCUCACGAGGUCCAGGAUUCAAGCAAAACAAAGAACAGAAAACUGAUUGACCGUUCUUCAUGUGGUUCAAACACACCUUCUAGCAGUGAAAUUGAGACAGAUGCAUUAGAGAAGGCUGAGAAAGGAACGGAAGAGCCAAAAGAAGAUGAUGGAAAUCAUCCAGCUUCCGAGUCUAGCUCUCGCCGCAGCAGAAGCAGCAGCAGCAUGAAUGAUUCAUGGAAAGAGGUCUCCGAAGAGGGGCGGCUGGCAUUUCAAGCACUCUUCGCUAGAGAGGUAUUGCCCCAGAGCUUCUCACCUCCACAUGAUCUGAAGAGUAAGAUGCACCAGAAUGAAGAUGCUGGAGAAAAGAAAGAUGCAGAUGAGAAAGAUGGAGAUGCAUCACUGAUAAAUCUCAACAGUAAAACGUGGGAGUGCUGCUCUGGUAAUCAAGAAGGGGAGAAAAAUGCCUUGUCUAGAUGUGAAAACUAUGGGGAGGAGGGGCUGCUGACGAUUGGGCUUGGACACGGAAAGCUUAAGGUUCGUCGAACCGGAUUUAAACCUUACAAAAGGUGUUCACUGGAGGCUAAAGAAAGCAGAACCGGAACCUGCAGCGGCCAGGGCGAGGAGAAAGGCCCCAAGAGGUUACGUUUGGAAGGAGAAGCUCCAGUUUGAUAUUUGAUAUUGCUUGCUUGAACAAGGGAAAACCUUUGUUUUUGCAUGUAAUUUAUGAUAUCCUCGCUUGCCUAUCAUUCCUUUUAUGUUUCAAUUAGAGUAUCUGCAACCCACAAGACUUGUCGUGUCACUGUGUGUACUAUAUGUCGACAUUGGCUUAUUUACUUUCUUGAAGCCGUUACCGCAGUUAAGAACUCCGUUAAAUAGACGUAGAUAAGAACUUAAGAACCAUUAAGUAUUGAAUUGGCCUUCCAUGGCCCUUUUCCUCUAAAGUUCAUAAUUAUUUUUUAA